AUGAUGGUUAAGGCAACUAGUAGUUAUGUGUACUAUGUAUAUGAAUCAGGAAGGAGGUACAUUGUUGAUAUUGAUCGUGGGACGUGUAACUAUUGCCGGUUAAACACCAUUAUCAGGACCUAUGAACUCCCAAUAGUUCCUAUGCCGAACAUGAAGGAUUUAAAUGUUCCAGAAUUUGUUUAUGCCGAAGAAGUUUUGCCAUCCAAAUACAAAAGACCUCCGAGUAGGCCAAAGAAAGGAAGGCAUUUGAAAUCUAAUGAAUUACUUAUUGCAAGCUCAAACCAUUGCUGUAAAUGCAGGCAUGCAGGCCACAACCAUAGGACAUACAAUUACUUUCCAAAAGAAGGUUGA